AUGUCGGGAGGUGAGCGCGCAUUACAGCUCCGGUACCAGAGUGGAGAUCUGGCAAAUGGCUUCUCCAUUGUCCCUAGUGUGGAUCCCAAACACGAGUGCUCCGGAUGGAGUACGGGAAGUGAGCGUGCCAUCAACAGCUCCGGCACCUGUCAGGACAUCAGGGAGGGGUCUCACCACCCCGAGGCGACUCUCCUAAAAACGGGUAUCGUCCCGGCGACCACCACCGUCCCGGCGACCACCACCAACACCGCUGGACCUCGACGCCCCACUCCCAGGGGUAGCAGGGGUAAAAGGAGCAGCUAUGCUGCCACCAUCGCGGCGCCGGCCGGUGGGCUUCAGUCCACUGAUGAGCGCAGGCCUGCUGAUACCGAACUAACCUCGGCUAAGCGGGUCCGCCCUGACGAGACAAUCUCUCCGAGGGGUGGCGCCAAGCGCGCAAAAGUUGCUCCUGCAGCAGGUCAGGCCCCAACCUACGCCAAUGUCGCGCGGACACACCUGCAUGUCGCCCUCGUCACCGUGCCGGCGCGCAGCCUCACCGAGGACCAGGCCAACGACCUGAAGGUGGCCGUGCAGAAGGUGAUAAUUCAGCAGCUGGACGUCCCGCUGACUGAAACACCCUUCUGCCCUCUCUUCAAGGGAAAACCACACCUCAGCCACGGGGCCUUGAAGAUGUGGUGUGAAGACGACGAGACCCUCGCGUGGCUGAAGAAAACGGUCGAGGUGAUGCCAUCGCCUGUGCCUAACACCAAGCUCGCGGUCAUCGGGCAGUCGGAGCUAGUGCCCAAGGUGAGAGCUGGACUGCUGGUUCCUGACACCUGCACUGUCGAGCCGCUGAGCAUCCAAAGAACCCUGAUCAGGCAAAACAGGAUGUACAACGUGGGGGACUGGACCCUGUACGACCGCCAGAUCCACAAUGGCAAGGACUCCUUCCUCAACCUCGGCAUCCCCAGAUCGGAGGUGCCAAGAAUCAUGGAGCUCGGACGGCAGAUGACGUUUGCAGUGGGCAACAUCUACAUCCGGUUCUUCAACAACGGCGUUCUGGGCAGCCAGCCUCCCGAAGAAAGUGAGGACCCGCUACCAACAGCACCGCUGUGCACCUCCAGCCCCACGUCUGUGAGUGCUGCACCAGUCGAGGCACCAACGACCCUGCCGAGCGCCUCCACCGAGACGAUGCCUGCUGCGACCCCCGCGGCUCUAUCGUCCUGGAUCGACGGUGGCGGUCAUGACGAAGAGUCGGAUGCUGAUGCGGAGUCGGUGGACAGUGAUGUUCUCCGCUCGCCUCAGUAACCUCUCCGUCAUUCAAACCAACCUCCAGCACAAGCAGAUUGCGGCGGCUACCCUACGCAGGCAGCUGGAGGUCAACACCGGGACCAUCGCCCUGAUCCAGGAGCCGUGGAUCAGGGGAAGCCGUAUCUGCGGUCUCAGCAACAUUGGGGGUAAGUUGUUUUUAAACACCUCUAUUCUUAACCCACGCACGUGUAUUUACAUGCCCCGUUCUGUGGACGCAGUACAACUCACCCAGUUCUGCACGAAAGAUUUAACAGCUGUAUUAGUUCAGAACUUGGUGGGUAACUGUAGUUCAAUUGUACUAGCGUCCGCCUACAUGCCUGGCGAUGGAGAUCCUCCACCCGGUGAGUUGGCGGACCUGGUGCAUCACUGCGAGUCCAACUCCCUAGAGCUGAUCAUCGCUGCGGAUACCAACGCGCACCAUCCGCUCUGGGGCAGU